UUUCAAUUGCGCACCAUGUGGCAAGAAGCAAAAUCUAAUGAAAAAAGGAUCAAAGAAGUAAUGGCAGAUCAUAAGAAACGUGCUGAACGCCGUCGUGCCUAUUACAAUUCUAAACUUGGUGAUCCUCGUCAACUACUACGUAUCAUUGGUUCAACUAUCAAACUUUAUCCCAACGGUGAACAGUACUAUUACCACGAAAAUACAAACAAUCUAAUGCCUUGGCAAGGUGAUACAACAGUCAAGAUUGAUAGAUUUGACGGACGCUCACUUUUGGACUCUACUCCACAAAACAAUAUCGACAAUACAGCAACACUGGACGACGAAGAUUUUAGCGACAGAGAAGAACUGAAUUUUGAACGAUAUCGUGAUCUUGUAGAAACCGACCGACUUCAUCAAACUGAAAAGGAAAGGUUAGAAUUAGUAGAUGAAGAGUGGACCAAGUUACUGGAUAGACACAAGGCUCUUCUAGCAAUGAUCAAUCCGACAAAAAAGAAAUCAAAUGCUAUUGGAUUUGACUAUGGCACUUCAACAACAUCAACUAUAGAUUAUUCUACAAAAGAUCAAGAAUCAGAUCUAUUGAAUGAGACCGACAUUUUGAAAUAUGUGAAUGACUUGACAGAAAAGGAUCGUGACAUUUUGAAUGAUAUGGGAAGGAAGUAUGGAAUACGGAACUAUGUCCGAUUACUUCGUGUGGCCAAACGAGACCGUGAUGAAGAACUUAAUCAGCUCAAAGCUAAACAGACGAACGGAAACAAUAAAUCUGAAGGUGGGAAAUCAAGAAGAAAGAAACGAAGAAGACGCGCUAGGCGGGAUCAAGAAACUGGAGAAUCGACUCGUAGACAAAGACGAAGCAGUCCAUCCUAUGGUGAAGGUUAUUCUGACGAAGACAGCGACAGUGAUGCUACUGAUGAUGAUGAUUAUGGUUCUUCUGCUGAUGACAAUUCUGAUUUUGUUAUUGAAUUUGGUUCCAAUUCUGGUUCAGAUGGUCAUCAACACAGAAAUGAGGAUGGGUUAUCUAAAAGUAGACGCAAUACCACUCCAACAAUCACAUCAAGAAACUCUUCCAGUAAUAGUGCACCUCCAGUACAAGGAAUGGAAAAGAAGUUGACACCUAUGGAAAAACUCAAAAUGAAAAUGCGAGCAGGAUUGGAAAAGACAAUUCAAUCGGAUGCAAAUGCGAAACUUCAAAAGGAACAGGAACGUCAAUUGGAAGGAAUACAACAACAUAUGGACGAUUUUGACACGGCUAAAGGAAUAGCCCCGAUUAUCUCAUCAAUGAACGUCACUGGUAGCAAUACUGAUGAAAAACAUACAUCCACUCGUACGCGGUAUCGAUCACCCUCUUCAUCUCGUUCUCCAUCACCAACGAAAAGGUCAUCAUCAUUAUCAUCAACAAGUAAACAAUCUAGAACUUCAUCAAACACAACAAAAAGAUAUCAUCAUUCCCCAGUUCGACGCGAUAGAUCAGAUAGAAGAGUGGAUGAUGAUCGAUCGCCUUCACGCCAUCGUUCGCCAUCACCAACAAAAGAUCGGCACCAUUAUCGUCAUGAUGCCAGGUCUCGUUCUUCUAGAUACUCAAACGAAAGCAGUCGAUAUAGAAGUAGUAGACGCCAUAGGGCUUAUAGUAGAUCAAGGUCAAGGUCAAGGUCCAGAUCUCCUUCGCCAUCAAGCCGUCAUCGUCAUCGAUCAUCAUCAUCGUCAAGUAACCGGAAAGCCGACAAAAACAGAUCGUCGUAUUACAAGAAAUAUUGAAUUGAAUACAUUGUUGUGAUAUGGUUUAGAUGAUAGUAUUGAAUUUUAUGUACCGUGAAAUAAAGUUUUCUUUUUUUUUUUUUUUUUU